AGCCAAUGCACACUUUUGUCACUUUUAAGUCUUUAAGAAGUUAACAUUUUCGUACUGUACACCUACACUACAUAUACUUCCAUGCGGGGCAUUUAUUAAUUCAUGUCACUAAAAUCAUCAAAUCGUCCACUUGAGGGCGAUAUCGCCAAUGUUGCCAAGUACUGGGUUAUGACAAAAAGAUUGGGUUUGGACAAUAAUUUAAUUCCCCUGGUUAGGUAGGCGUGUUCAGCUCGAGAUAAUAUCUUUGAUGUGAUAAUCUCAAAAAGCACCCUCACUGUCCGAUAUGUCUAUGUAAUCAGAAACAUGGCAUUGCAAGACAGUGUUGUCCUGGGAGUCAUAUCUUUCAGCGUGAACGAAAUGGCGGGAAAAUGGAAGGGCAGUUUUGGUACGUCUACCUUUUGAAACCGGGGAGAAAUAAUGGCAUCGUCUUCAAACCAAAAUCUGCAGAGGUGAUUUGUUAAAAACUCCGUUUGCAUAUUUGAGGAAUGAAACACAGUCUGAACUAAGAGUUGCUGAACGUUGCCGUUGAGUAUAUUACUUUGAACAGAUUUUUCAUGCAGUGUUAGUUCCGUACUGCUUCUGUUUCUAAAUAUCUUCACAAUCAAUUGUGUGACCGAGUGCUUUACAAUCCUAUUUUCUUACUGUGGCAAACUGGGAAAGACAUUAACUAACGUCUAUGAAAAACUGCGGCCCAGGCUUGCCCAUUUGCCUGACUCAAUGGUACAAGUUGCUGCUCAAUUUGCUAUGUAAAAGUGCGGCAAACAGUACUGUGGUAAAAUUUUAGGAAGACCAUAGGACGAAAAUAAUUAAGUGGCACAAAGAAUAAAGAAUACUUCAGUUUUCUCUCAAGAAGACAAACAAUUCCAAUUCUAGUGUUGUAAGGGCUAUCCUUUUCUGUGGGCGUGAACACAAACGGUGUAUAUCGAAUGAGUCAUCAGACAGAGGGAAACAGACUGCAUUCACAAACCACAGAACUGUAUUUACUGAACGACCAUUUGAGAUCCAAGUCUUUCAGUAGUUGUGUUGCUGAUUAAUUGGUCUAGUUUUAUAAAAGACCGCAACCCUCUUAUAUUAUUUUGGAUUAAUGAUUGAAAAGUAGGCAAGAUACCCAUACGCUCUAGUUUUGUUUAAUGUUUCGUCUUUCUUUUUUGGCAAGGGAAGGGGCACUAGAGCUUGAAAAUUUAUUUUUCUAUAUGAUUAUAUGCGUUGAAUACUGGAUACACCCGAGAGCAAUCGUGGCAUCGUAAACUAAAGAUAAGUGCAAAGACUGUCAAAGUUUUUGCGACCAGUGACAUUUAAAACAGUUUGGCUUUGUUCCUGACGAAGCCACCUGAAAUUCCGACUUCAGUUUAUCAGUUUUAGUGCUAAUGAAAAUCUCUUCAUUCAUUCUUUAUUCGGGUUUUUUAAAAGUUUUUGACAAAAUAAAACACACGGUAUCUCAAAGGUUUUGUUUUUUUUUAACAAAAUAAAACACACGAUAUCUCUUCCUGAAAUCUUUGAGAAUCUAGACCAGAGCUCACCAAACUUUUUGUUUAAAAGUGGACUUGAUAACUGAUAGAAGGCCGAGCACUGGCUGAAUAACUAUUUUGUUCAGUACAAUACACUAAAUACACAAAUAAAGACAAACAAUCGUUCGACUGAUUUAAACACAAAGUACAAAAAUACCCCCCCCCCCCCGAAUCGUUUAGUAGAAGACGUUAUGAAGUCUAUAGCUGUAUUAAGAGGACGUUUAAUUUGAACUAAAGAGCUCGAUGAAAUAAUGGUACCAUUGAGGUGACCAAGCAAGGAGCACGCAACAAACACAUCUUCCACGUUCUUCUUUCCCUCCUUCUAGCAUGGUGGUGGGCCAGACGAACUUACUGGCCUCCAGGGCUGGAUCUGGCCCGCGGGCCGUAGUUUGGUGACCCCUGAUCUAGAUAAUCAUAGACAUGAUCUGAAUGUAAGUAGGAAUCUCCACUGGGACGAGAGUGCUGCUGUUUGAAUCAAGGAAGAGCAUGCACAGCGAUUAUAACAAAGUUCUGAGAGGAGCAAGACAUUUCACAUUUGUAUCCCCCCCCCCCACCUUAAAAAAGUCAUAAAGACAUCCGGAAUUUUUUUUAAAGUUCAAAGAUCAGAAGUCCUCACUAAUACUAGAUGUAUGGACGCUACAGUUUUUGAAGGACGAAAAAGAAAUGGAGUUUCAAAGACUGUUGGCAUUAUUGUAGAAGAGAAAAAGCAAGAAAGGGGUUUUAUCUUAAUGUUACGAAGAUUGAAUGCAUGGUUCUAUAACAAAAAAAGAAGAAAAAAACUUAGAACCCCCUGUAAAAAAGUUGAAAGCAAGGGCAACAGAAAGCAAACAAAUCAAGAAACCAAAUACCUUGAAUACUGAUAAGAUCAAAAAGUAAACAAAUGAGUGAACUUAAAAGGAAGCACUGCGAUUGCAAAGGGUUUUUAAAAAGUAAAAUCAACCUAAUAAAUAAAUCUAGAAAAAAGAGAAGCAUGGAAGGGAUAACAAAGACUCGUUUUCUUUUUUCAGAGAUAUAAUGUAUUAUCAGUAUUAUUAUAUGGCUUAGAAUGCUGGUUGAUAACUAGAAAGAAGAGCGAGAAAUAAGGAAGCAACAGAGAUAUCGCUUAUGAGAAGACAGCUAAGAGUUUUACGGAAGGAAUGAGAAUCUGUGCUUAAUAAAAGAUGAUAUCUGCAACAAAGACUAAUAGAACACCCAUUUCGUCUUCAAGAAAGAAAGCAAAGCAAAACUAUUGAAGAAAAGAGGGUUGUCUCCAGGAAGAAUAUAACAUACAACCAAGAAAUGUUUGCACCCAGAAGGAAAGAAAAAAAAAGAAAAAAAGAAGAAAAAAAGAAAAAAAAAAAAAAAAAAAAAAAAAAAAAAAAAAAAAAGAAACAGACAAGAGUUCGCGUUGAGAAAGAAAGAAGUGGAUAGCAACAUAACAGCAAGCACAACAAAACGUGACAGAUAGUUUAACGAGCAAAACUAACGGAGAUUGGGUGACAAAUUACCGAAGAAGGUUAAGACGACUAUUCCCAGGCUUAAUCCCUAGUCAAGAGAUCAUUUUCCGCAUUCUUUCAGUGUGAAUAUUAUCUUUCCCCAUUAAUCUCCAAGUGAACUAAAAUGCGCAUGAAGUUUAAGUGUCAUGUUACUAUAAAGUCAAAAUCAUUUGCCAGCAAUGCUUUAUCUGUCAACGUCAUACACAAAGCUUUUAGCCUCCCAGUUGGUGUACUUGAGUCACGUGUUGAGUCUCAAUGUCCCACGGACGAAACCACAAGAAACAAUCAAUGGCUUUCAAUAGCAGUGGACCCUCGGUGAGGACCAUUCGACACCGUGCCGCUCUAUUGGAUUUUCCCGACAUUUUCCCCCCGGGUCUCCCACCGAUUUUGUCUUGUCGUGCACGCUUUUAUUUCUUAACACUCCAUUAACGAGGACUGGGAAGGGAUCAGCGGCAUAGCGGUGCCCGUAUACCAACGUUAAUGGCGUUUGUUGAUUCUUGAUAGCGUUUGUUUGAUUCCUGGGAGCGUUUGUUUAGAUCCAGGAGUAUUCGAAUCAGAUUUCAGACACGUCAUCUUCGGAGAGAUUGGCUACGGUUUUGGCAGACAAACGGCUAGGCGUGAGCAGACACCAUGACCUCACGGGGUUCGAGUGGCGGAAGAAGUCGACAUGACAAAGAAAUGUCUGCUGUGACCUUCAACCUGAAGGAGCAGCGGGUUCUGGAGAAGUCACUACAGACCUUGAAACUGGAGGAAUCCUACGCCCUGAAGCUGCUGGAACUGGAUAACAAAGUUAUUAAGGUUCGCUACAGGAAGCUAAAAGACAGAGUAUCCCGCAUCAAGUCCCAUCUCCCGGCCGAUGAUAUAAACAAAUUUCGCGAGCUGGACGCAAAAGGCAAAAUGAAGCCUCUCUACGGCAACAUGUCUCUGUCUAGUGCCAUCAAAAUCGCCGCUGCGUCUCGCAGACUCAAUCUCAACAGCAGCCAAAGCUCCGGACGGCGUGCUAUUCGCAGUGCACUACCUAGGAUAUCCGUACAACAAGAAGACAACAACGCUAACCAACUCCGUAGCAAGUCUAGCGUCUCUUUUGCACAACACGACACCGACAGCGGACGGCAACGAAGUAAUUCCGUGACAGGGGCUUUCAUCGACGCCCCAGAAAGAAAAACGCAACAGCGACCUGUGACAGCAUUUGUCUCUCAUAUUUCAACGAAAGGACGCUCGAAAUGUAAAACCCCUACACCCAAAGACGACUUUGAAGACGUAGUGGCAAGGGCUAAUGGUCUGACAGUGGAAAACAACAAACACUUUCUUGCCAUUCCUUCCGAAGAUGGGCUUGAAAGGUCAAGGACAGCUCCUAUACGAUCGGUGUCUGCCUACCAUAGAGGUCACUCACCUUUUUCCAGUCACGUGACAAGCGAGAGAGAUUCCCGAUGGGCACAGAGUGCGUCCUUGGCCCGCGCCAAGAGCAGGGGCCGGCGAUUGUCUCAUGUGUCCAUGGACUCCAUCGACAG